ACCACAUGCACUGAAAAGGAAGUUGACACAAAUCGAAUAGUCCAAUUCAGUUAUAAUAACGGGAAUUGAUACCUAACUAAAGAGAACUGAACGAACCAUCAAGAUAUACAUCAUGGGGGUUACCUGUGUUUGCCAGUGGUCUGUGACUGAAAAUAAGACAGUUCAGCAAAUGGUGGAAAUGCUAACCCGGCGCAUUGAGGUCCUUGGUGCUGUCAAGACGGGCAACUUCUGUGUAGAUUGCGAGACUUAUCAGUCGGCACCAACAAUGAAUGCUUCUAAGUUGGUUCAUCUGAUGCAUAACAGUGAGCAGCCAGUGACGUGUUAUGGAAUCACAGAUACUGGUGCUCAUAUUAUCACCGAUAAUCAUUUUGAUGGCAUCAUGCAGAAACUUAAAGGAUUUUACACGCCAAGGAAAUCAGCUCGAAUGGAAUCCAAAGGGCAGCGCUUUGACCUCGGAGACUUUGUCAUCAAGGUUGGGAUUGUGUCCACCGGACCACACACCAGAGGAAUACUUAUGGAGGUGGAAUACUCACCGUGCAUUGUGGUGACUGACUGCUGGCAUCUUCUUAAUGAGUUCAUGCAGAGUUUUAUGGGCAGCCAAGCUCCGAGUCUCCCCAACUCCCUGAUGGCCAAACAGGACACACCCGUUACACCGAUUGAUACCAUGGUGCAGUACCUUGAACACUUUAACAACUUCAGGAAAGGACCUGCAAACAGAUGAUGUGUUUAUAAUGCGAACAUUACUGCGGCGGCGCUUUGUUUGUCUCCCUGUUAUGAGCGGGGCAUGUUGUGGCCGAGUGGAUAUAAUAGGCCUAUUCGGAGUUCCAGCUGCGCAUGUCUGUAACUGCUGAUAACGCAAUUUGUUGCUCUCCCUUGACCUUUGGACAAUACCCGGAUGCUUGGAAUUACACCCAGGCCACAGAGGCCAUGCCCUUCAUUGCCCCUGGUCUUGGCCUUGGUGCCCCUUCAAAAGUUUCCCAUUGACUUAAAGAUUUUCCAAUGGAAGUGCCCUUUGCAAAAUGAAAUGGCCUUGCCUUUUCCAACAUGUACACAAUUGAAAUUCCAUGGCCUGAGGACCGAACUCAAGCUCUGUCGGUUCUGAUCAGCAGAGUAUGGUGUCAAGUCCCAGUUGUGUCACUUGUGUCCCGGUUCGCCCGGGUGUUACUGGCUUGAUAUAGACUGUGCAAGUCUCGCGCAGAUUUGAACUUCCGGGACCAUUGUGGUCCCAACCUUAUGGAGUUUUAUGUUGGGGAGACUUUGUUUUGUCCAUUACUUUAGUUUAAUAUAGUUUAUGACCAUAAAAAUGACAUAUGUUGUUAAAAAUGUAAUACUAA